CAAGCCAGUUCGCCGGAAAAACUGUUACGACCAAAAAGACGAGUCCAUUCAGAAAAAGUGAAUAUUUAAAGUACUGUUUGCACUUCUGCGGCCGGUUGUCAUCAAUAAAGAGAAUUUUAUGCGCACGAAAAAAACAGAUUGAAAAUUAAACUCAGCACCUGGAUGGUUGAUUAAAACAUUACGGAAAAAUAUGAAAAAGUGAGCAAGCAAAUAUUGGACAGCAUAAAAAAUAUUGAUGUUUAAAGUGAGUGACUAAAGACAAAAAAUUGAUAUAUUGCAUAAGCACCAAAAACGUGUUAUUAAUUGGAUAAAGGGUUUUAAAGGCUUGCAUAAUUUAAUACCAUUUUAAAAAUUGAAUGUAAUAAAUUAUAUAAAGUGAGAGCUCAACAAGGUCCGAAAAAAUUUGUGCAACAAAGUUGGCAGUCCAUAAAAAUGCUCUGGCCGGGAGUGGGCGCAAAUUAGCAGCCACAUCAAUUUCAGCGCGGCGAGCCAAACUUAAUUAAAACGCGUGUUGGCCAGACAAAAUUUCGGACGCUGUCGAGACUUAAUUGAAUUUUAACCAACUGCCCGUGCCGACAACAAAUGCGUUGGCCUUGGUCCUUCAGGCUGCUCUGCCCCGGUAUACUGCCCACUUCCAUGUCCGCGUCCAUGUCCACGUCCUUGCCGCACUGAAGCCGAAGUGCCAGGAAGCAGUAACUACGAUGCAACCGCUGCUGCUCGCGCUGAUGUUGCUGCUGCAGCAGCAGCAACCAUUGCUGGGGGGCAGCCCGUCCCAGCGGCAAUUGGUCGGGCUGACUGAUGACGGAAGGUCGGCCGCCGCAUUAAGCGACAAUUUAAAUUCAACGCUAGUACCUGGCAAAACCAUAAAAGCCAUUGAGCGACAGAUGAAAGCUGCUGGUGAAGUGGCGACCGCUCCCGCGGAAAUGUUGCAAGUGACACCUGCAAACCAAUUACCUGUGAACACACCGGCAACCCCCGCCCUCCCAACUGCGAUCCCUAAUCCGCCAUCGGCAACACGGGCUCCGGAUUUCUUUAUGGCCGCCACAAUGGCAACCGGAAACCAUUCAGCACAAGGUGAACUUAAGAGGACGGAAAGUGCGGCAACCUUAGACGCAAUCACGCCAGCAGCUGCAGUUCCACCAGCAGCAACAUCAGAAGUAAUAACAGCAGUAGAAGCCACAGCAGCAACAUCGCUGACACGGGAGCAACACAUGCUGCUCCCACGUCCCACAGCUGUGCAAAUGGCACGAAUAAAUGUAGCAGCAACAAUAGAAGACCAAAUUGGAAGAGCAGUGAUUCCGAGCCAAACAAACAUGGCCGAGACACCAGCACCGGCAACGGCAACAGCAGCAGCAGCAACAGCCACGCCAACGGCAGCAAUAAUGCCAGCAAAAACAAAGCGCCACCGGGGGGACGGGGGCAAUAAGAGUGUUCCGAGCGAUGGAAUAGAAUUCAAUACGGAUGCCGCACUAAGCUCUGGCUAUGUAAAUGCCACAGGGGCGUGGCCGGCGACGACAACUGCCAAUAUAGUGGCAGUGGCAGUGGCGGUGGCAGCCGCAUCGACCAUAUCGCCGUCACUAACGAGCACGGCGGAGGGUAUUAGUGGCAAGACGGUGCCCACGCCCCGCCUGCUGGGAGCCGGUUUUGGGGCCAGCAACGUGGCCCAGAUCCUGGCCAAGUCCCUGGACAGCCCGCCGCCGACCUCGGCCUCCGGCUGGCCGGUCAAGCACGCCGCAGUGCUCGAGGGCGACGUCAUUCUCGGCGGCCUGAUGAUGGUCCACUCGCGCGAGGACAGCAUCACCUGCGGACCCAUCAUGCCGCAGGGCGGCAUCCAGGCCCUGGAGGCGAUGCUCUACACCUUGGACCAGGUCAACAAGCACCAGCUGCUGCCGAACGUCACGCUGGGCGCCCACCUGCUGGACGACUGCGACAAGGACACCUACGGCCUGGAAAUGGCCGUCGACUUUAUCAAAGGAUCCAUCAGCAAUAUUGAUGACGCGGAAUAUCAUUGCAAUAAGACGCAAGUGCGAAAGGUCAUAUCAGGGGUGGUGGGCGCCGCUUCCUCGGUCACAUCUAUUCAAGUUGCCAAUUUAUUGAGGUUGUUCCGAAUUCCCCAGGUAUCCUACUUUUCCACAAGCCCCGAGCUGAGCAACAAACAGCGAUUCGAGUACUUCUCCCGCACCAUCCCCUCGGAUCACUACCAGGUGAAGGCCAUGGUGGAGAUUGUUAAGCGGAUGGGUUGGAGCUACGUCUCUAUAAUCUACGAGGAGAGCAACUACGGCAUCAAGGCUUUCGAGGAACUGGAGGAGCUCCUGGCACGCCAUAACAUUUGUAUUGCCAUCAAGGAGAAGCUGGUAAAGGAUUCGGGAGUGGCCGAGGACAUCGCGUACGAUAAUAUAGUGCAGAAGCUGCUGACGAAGCCGCGGGCCCGAGGGGCCAUUAUCUUCGGCUCGGAUCAGGAGGUGCGGCAAGUGAUGCGGGCGGUGCGGCGUGCGAAUGCCACUGGUUCCUUCUCCUGGAUCGGAUCCGACGGCUGGAGUGCCCGGAACUUGGUGUCGGACGACUACGAGCCGGAGGUGGAGGGCACGCUGUCUGUGCAGCCCCAGGCGAACCCCGUGCGCGGAUUCGAGGAGUACUUCCUCGGCCUGACGGUGGAGAACAACCAACGCAAUCCCUGGUUUGUGGAAUUCUGGGAGGAUCACUUCCAGUGUCGGUAUCCGGGGAGUACCAGCACUCCGUACAACAACUACACCAAACAAUGCACCAAGAAGGAGCGACUUUCCAGGCAGAACAUGGACUUCGAAGACCAGUUGCAGUUCGUCAGCGAUGCGGUCAUGGCAUUUGCCUAUGCCCUGAGGGACAUGCACCGCGACUUGUGCGGCGGAGGUCCUUCGCUCUGCGAGGCCAUGAAGCCGACGAAGGGCGCAGAUUUGCUCAAAUAUUUGCGCAAAGUGGAGUUCGAGGGCCUCAGCGGCGACGAGUUCCGCUUCGACGGCAACGGCGACGGUCCGGCCCGGUACAACAUCAUCCACUUCAAGCAGUCGCAGGCCGGCCAGUACCACUGGGUCAAGGUGGGCGAGUACACCGAGGGCGAGCUGCGGCUCAACAUGUCGGAGGUGAAGUUCAAGCGCCUGAGUCCCAAGCCGCCCGAGUCCGUCUGCAGCCUGCCCUGUUUGGUGGGUCAGGCCAAGAAGUACGUGGAGGGCGAGAGCUGCUGCUGGCACUGCUUCAAUUGCACAACCUAUCAAAUCCGCCACCCGGACGACGAGACCCACUGCAAGCUGUGCAAGCUGGGCACGCUCCCCGACGCCCACAAGCAGUACUGCCGCCCCAUCCCGGAGAUAUAUUUGCGACCGGAGUCCGCCUGGGCCAUUGGGGCCAUGGCGUUCAGUGCGACCGGCAUCCUGGUAACGCUCUUUGUCAUGGGCGUGUUCGUCAGGCACAACGACACGCCCAUCGUGCGCGCAUCGGGGCGGGAGCUGAGCUACAUCCUCCUGGCGGGGAUUUUCAUGUGCUACGGUGUCACAUUCGCCCUGGUCCUGAAGCCCACCAACAUAGUGUGCGCCAUUCAGCGGUUCGGUGUGGGCUUCUGCUUUACGGUCGUCUAUGCUGCGCUGUUGACCAAAACGAAUCGCAUUGCACGGAUCUUCAAAGCGGGCAAACAGUCCGCCAAGCGGCCCUCCUUCAUUAGUCCCAAGUCCCAGCUGGUAAUCUGUGCGGGCCUGGUUAGUGUGCAGAUACUCAUCAACGGCGUUUGGAUGGUAAUUGCGCCAUCACAUGCCAUGCAUCAUUAUCCCACACGCGAGGAUAAUCUGCUCGUCUGCGACUCGUACAUCGACGCCUCCUACAUGAUUGCGUUCUCCUAUCCAAUCGUCCUGAUUGUAAUUUGCACGGUCUACGCGGUGCUCACGCGAAAGAUUCCGGAGGCCUUCAACGAGUCGAAGCAUAUUGGCUUCACCAUGUACACGACCUGUGUGAUUUGGCUGGCCUUCGUACCGCUCUACUUCGGAACAGCGAACCACGUACCGCUGCGCAUCACCAGCAUGUCGGUGACCAUCAGCUUGUCCGCCAGCGUGACCAUCGCAUGCCUCUUCUCGCCCAAGCUGUACAUAAUACUCAUACGCCCCGAGCGCAACGUGCGACAGAGCAUGAUGCCACCCCGAUACGGCAACAUGCACCGCACCGCCGGAACAGGACCCUCGUCCAUGAUGGCAGCCGCCGUGGUGACCGCUGCCACCUGUGCCCAGGAGGAGAAGAUCCAGAAGCAUAUCACCCCCACAAACACUGAAAACUCGCUAAAGGCAAAGAAAUUGUGCGAGAUGGCCACUCAGACUAUUUCCAGCAUAAUCACGUCGAUGGACAUCAAUGCGUACAAUCAAAUACCAUAUGCCGAUCAAUAUGUGCCGAACAAUACCACAACGGCCACGACCACGCCCACAGAGAAGGGCAGUGGCAACGGCAACAGCAACUCUAAUGGAAGUAGCAACAGCAACAGCAACAGCAAUACCAACAGCAAUGGCAAUGGCAAUGGCAAUGGCGACGGCGACGAGGCAUCGGAGCAAGUGGUGGCCAACAAUAAUAAAAUCAAUCAGCGCCAACAUGGCCAGCCGGCCGUGGCAUUUGCCAUCACAACGGCUAACAAUCACAUAAGCGGCCCAGCAGCAACCAUAACAACAACAGCGGCAACUGGAGAAACAACAACACAGGCGCUGGCGACUACAAUAACAACUGCAGCGGGGGCGGGCGAUGUCACCGAAACCGCAUCCGUGGCAGCCAACAAUGGCCAUGGAAACGGGAGCCAGCGGCCGCCGGUUCUGCAAACAAACUUAUAGCUAAACGCACAACAAUUGCAGCAGCAGUUGCUGAAGGAGCAGCAGCGACAACAAGCGGAGCUGCAACAGCAACAGCAGCAGCAGCAACCUGCAACACAAAGCUCUUCCAGCGACACGGGCAGCACGGGCAGCGGCAGUGCGGCAAAGAAGCGCGCCGCGAUUCCCGUUUAAGCUGCCAUCGGAGAUUAGAGGUCCCCGCAAAAAUACGUAAGUAGAGGAAAAUGUCUGUUGACCCAAGCUCUUCGAGGGGUCAGGGGGCAGAAAAAACAGACGGAGGUCGGCAGAUUUAAGUGCCACCAUGUUGCAAUGGAUGUACAGGCAGCUGUGCCACAGAAAUAUCUUCAGACAUUCCAAAGUACGCCUACGAAAUAUUGAUUUAUUUUCAGAAAGAUGCGUUGAUUCCAUGUUAAUUAAUUUAAUUUUUACACAUCCUUGUCUUAAAAAUAUAUCAAAGUUUAUUCAUUGUUGGUUAUAAUAUUUCCAUGUUUAUAGUACAACUUUUAAUUAAGCAUGUCAUCACAAAAUUACUUUAUGUUUACUAUUGGUAAUGAAGAUAUUUCUGUGACCCCUAAAGAUAUCUUCAGAUUUUAAGAGACCCAUAAAGGCCAGGCCACAAAGGCCAGCAUUAAUUGAAGCAAUGUCCCAAGCGAAAGUCGCUCCUCUCGAAAUCUUUCCCAAUAACGAAUGCGUUUCUCCGUUUUACACUUCAGCACAAAUCCUAAUGGUAUAUUUAAAAAUAACUUGUCAUCCCUAAAAUAUUAAUAAGUGUUUAAGUCCUAAGCUUAUCUAGUUUUCUAAGCGUUGUUUCAGAGCGUUCCGAAAGAAACAAAAAAAUGAAAAUGUGAUAUAAUUUCAAAAAUGUGUUUUCUACAACCGAAGCAACUAGCAAACUAUCUGAAUAGUACACGUAAUUCGUAGGCUAAGUGAGGCAAAACCUGUACAGUGAGCACUGGGUAACGAGGGAUUUUUUUCGAGGGCGCAAUUAUGUUCCAAAAGGGCUGGGAUCCAGCCCCUUUGAAAUGUAGCAGCUAGGUAGAACAAUUACAAUUGCAUUUAUUGUGUUGUUUGAGCCCAUCAACAUGGUAGAUUUAAUUGUUGUCCAACUAAGUUGUACAUAUAGGACUUUACACAUAUAGGAGAAAUCACUUCUAGUCGUAGUAAUAAGUUGAUGUGAAUACAGAUUAAUGUUAAUUGUGUGCAGCUUACGACUUCAAAUGUGCUAUCUUCAAAAACGCAUAGUUAAAUAUUUGUUAUAGAGCGCAAGUAAUGCAAAUCUUGUCUAGCCAAAUCAUGGGUACAAAUAAUAGAGAAAUAUACUCGUUUUCCGUGUCAGUGUUCAGUGUAAAUAGUCGUUAACUAAAGCCCAUGAACACCCAAGAUUUACUUGUCUUUUGCAUAAGUUACUUGAUGUAUAGUUAUUAAUACUAUUGACAACAAUACGCUAAAUGUUAUUUGGCUGCAUAUAUAUUUACGAAUAAAGCAAGACGAAUAUCAAAGAA